AUGGAGGAGAGCUACAGGAGUGGUGCCAUGGAUGCUGCAGUGAGCAUCCCUGCAGCUCCCUUGGAAACCUUCAGUGAUGACAGGAUAGCAAUCUUCAUGUCUCCUAUGCCACAAAAAUCCCCUUCAAUCAAAAUCCACCCAUUAGGGUUGCACAAUGAGACCAUUCAGCCGGCUCCAAGCUUCGCAAGGAGUACAGUGAUUUCCCACAUAAAGAAGGUGGCCGCGGAGUUGUUGGGAACGUUCCUGCUCGUCUUCCUCGUCACUUCGGCGCUGAUCGCGAACGAGAUGCACGGCGACGCGCUGGGCCCCGUCGGCGAGGCGGUGGCGUCGGGGCUGGCCAUGGUGGUGACCGUGGCGCCGCUGGUCCACGUGUCCGGUGGCCACCUGAACCCGGCGGUGAGCCUCGCCAUGGCCGUGUUCGGCCACCUCCCGCGCGCGCACCUCGCGCCCUACGUGGCCGCGCAGCUCGUCGGCGCCGUCGCCGCCUCGUUCGCCGCCAGGGCGGUGCACGGCGCGGCGAACUCCGGCGCCGCCGUCAUCGCCACCGUGCCGACCGUCGGCGCCGCGGAGGCGUUCGGCGUGGAGUUCGUCGCCACGUUCGUCCUCGUCUUCGUCAUCACCGCCCUCGCCACCGAUCCCAAAGCAGCCGCGAAGGAGUUGGUGGCAGUUGGGGCUGGGGCGGCGGUGACGACGAACUCGCUCAUCUUUGGGGAGUGGACGGGGGCGUCGAUGAAUCCGGCGAGGACGCUGGGGACGGCGAUCGCCACCGGCACGUACACCAAGAUCUGGGUCUACAUGGUCGCUCCGCCGCUCGGCGCCAUCGCCGGAGCCGGAGCUUACACCGCACUCAAACUCAACUAGCUGAUCAAUUCAUAUGAUCAUGCAUAAUUUUCUCACGAUCAUCACGAUGAAAUGUAAGAAUCCAAAGCAUCCGUGAGAGAAUCAAGCGAAAUCAAGAUGAAGAACACAAUUCAACGUGAUGUACAAAAACAAACGGAAAGAAAUUAUCAAGAUGAGGUCAGGGCUUGAUGAGAGUGUAAGUGCCUGCUCCGGCGACGGCGCCGACAGGCGGCGCGACGAGGUAGACCCACAUGCGGCUGUACUCCCCCGUCGCCACCGCCGCGCCGAUCGUCCUCGCCGGGUUCAUCGACGGCCCCGUCGACGGCCUGAAUUUCCAAGCAUUAGCUC